CAGUCCCCGCUCCGCGGUCAAACCACUGUGGGCUGCUUCCAAAAACCAGCCCCGGACGAAUGGCACCAGCUUCCAUGUGUUCGACCAAGGCCGCUUUGCCAAAGAGGUGCUGCCCAAGUAUUUCAAGCACAACAACAUGGCCAGCUUUGUGCGGCAGCUGAACAUGUAUGGCUUCAGGAAGGUGGUGAACAUCGAGCAGGGGGGGCUGGUCAAGCCUGAGAGGGACGACACUGAGUUCCAGCACCUCUGCUUCCUGCAGGGCCACGAGCACCUCCUGGAGCACAUCAAGAGGAAGGUGUCAGUAGUGAAAAGUGAGGAGACCAAGAUGCGCCAGGAGGACCUCAGCAGGUUGCUAUACGAGGUACAGAUACUGAGAAGUCAGCAGGAGAACAUGGAGUGUCAAGUGCAGGACAUGAAGCAGCAAAAUGAAGUUCUUUGGCGGGAAGUUGUUUCUCUCCGGCAGAACCACUCACAGCAACAGAAAGUCAUCAACAAGCUGAUUCAGUUUCUGUUUGGCCAGCUCCAAUCAAGCCCCAGCAGCACUGGGAUAAAGAGGAAGCUACCUCUGAUGCUUGACAACGGGCUCUCAGCUCCACCAGUGUCCAAGUUCAGCCGGCAUUUGUCCCCAGAGCCCCUCCACGACCCCUAUUUCAUACAGUCGCCCUCAACAGAGCCUGCCUCUUGCUUGAACAGCCCUGCAAUUGCUGGAGGACCCAUCAUAUCUGAUGUUACUGAAGCAUCACCAUCCAACAUCAUGAAUAUGCAAUCCCCUCCUGAAAAUGACAGGGAGAAGUGCCUCAUGCUGAUCAAGGAAGAGCCAGUGAGCCCUGGAGUGAAAGCCAGCGCGGAGCCCGAGGUGCCCCUGCCCGGCUGCCGGGCCUGCUCCGAGCCCCCGGUGCUGCCCGUGGCCAUGGUUCAGUCUGUCCUGGAGGGCAAAGGCAGCUGUGCAGCCCCAGCAGGGACCUCCCAGGCACCCGAGAGGAGAGGCAGGAGGGCCCUGCUGGACAGAACAGAUAUUUCAGACCCAUUGGAGGGCACUGACUGGAGCCUGGAGGGGCUGCAGCUGCUGCUGAGGAGCCAGCAGUACAGCCUGGAGCCUGCCAGCCUCUUGGAUGUCUUUAAUCCCAAUUUAUCUCUGAGUGAGUGGAAUUUGACUGAAGUGGAAGCCAGUCUGCCCCCGAUGCAGCGACUCACAGUGGAUCUGGAGAAGAGUGCAACUGAGCUGCCCCCAAAAGUGUUCAACCCAUCAUUCAACAACACCUGCCCAGGGAAAGAUGUCAUUCUUGAAAGUGCCCAGCAGCUCCUCCUUGACCGUCAGUCCAUCUUUGGGAACGACCUCAUCAGCUUGCCUGAAAAUUCAUCACUUUAUGUUCCUUCUGAAAGCCUAGCUUCCUACAUGUCCUCUGUAAUUGAAAACUGCCUGGUGUCUGCUGACACUGACAGUGUAUGUUCAAGAUUUACACCCUUCUCUGAGCUUCCACACUCCAGGCUGCUGCCAUGUUAACACUGAAUGUAUUGAUGCAACAAGAUAUUUAAGCACAUGCUUAACUUCAAGCUCCUGAGUAGUUUUCCUGUAUUUCUAUGGAGCCUGUCACAUGCUUGAGGCUGGGCAUAGCUCGUGUCUGACUGGAUUGUCUGGUUGGGUUGAGAAAUGAACCCCUGGGGAGGGUUGCCUGUGGGCACAGCCAGGUGCAGCUGGGCCCUGGCUCUGUCUCAGGCUGUGUCCUACAGGGCAGGCUCCAGCCUGUGCUCGUGGGGAGCAGCCUCUCAGGAGGGUUCCAGGGGUUUUCUUUAGGCUUUUUGCUCUACUAUAAACAUGAGAUUGGAGCUUGAUGGAUGGUGAGAGAGGAACCUCCAGGAAGAGCACUCGGGAGCCAUUGCUGUGAAGAAGGAAGCUUGUGUUCCUCGGCUCUUUACAUUGUUAAUUUUACUUGAAGGUGAUGUGCUGAGACUGCGUUUUUGCACUAUGCUGUACAUUUGUAAAGUUUUACAGAAGACACUAAUUAAACAUGUUUCCUUUUUCUCAUUUA